AUGGUUGAAGAGGGAUUAGGAACUCAUAAUGGUGGACAUGGACCAACCAGACCUCCAAGAAGGACCCUAGGUGAUUACGCACAACAACAUGGUCCUAGGCAUUUCUCCAAUAUAGCAGCUCCAAAUACUUCUAGAGUUAUGGAGAUGAAGCCUGCCUUCCUUACUUUGGUUAGCUCACAACAAUUUGCUGGCCUAGAUCAUGAAGACCCAUACUCACACCUGUCAAAUUUCUAUGAGCUAUGUGGAACUAUGGGAAUUCCUGAAGGUGAUGAGGAAGUUGUAUACUUGAGGUUGUUUCCAUUUUCUCUAACAGGAAAAGCUAAAGUUUGGUUACAAUCUCACCUUAAUCAAAGUUUGACAAGCUGGGGUGAUGUGAAAAACAAGUUUGUGAAUAGAUUCUAUCCAUCUUCCAACUAUAUUAAGGCCAAAUCAGAAAUCACAACUUUCAGGCAAGGUGCAAACGAGCCAUUUUGUGAAGCUUGGGAGAGAUUUAAGUCAUUGCUUAGAAAAUGUCCUAACCACGGGUUUGAGGAUAUAGCUCAACUUAACUUCUUUAUUAAUGGAAUCAAGCCUGAGGUGAAGAUGUUAUUGGAUGCAGCAGCUAGUGGCACCAUGAUGACUGUGAGCCCAGAAGAAGCUACCCAAAUUAUAGAAUCUUUGGCAUCUUCUGAUCACCAAGCAGAGCAUGGAAGACACCAAUCUCAUAAAACAGGAGUUCUUGAUCUAAGUACAAGUGAUGCAAUCCUUGCUCAAAACAAGUUGUUAUCUCAACAGAUUGAAGCACUAACUAAGAAGAUGGCCAAAAGACCACAACAGCUUCAUGUUAUUGCUUCUUCCCUAGCUCAAUCAAAUGCUUCUUUAAAAUGUGAUUUUUGUGGGGGAGAACAUCCCAAUGGUCACUGUUCUAAGAACUCAAAUGAAGAAGAGGGGAAUCAAGGUUGUAGAAACAACAACAACCAAGGAUAUGGAUGGAGGAAUGAAGCUGGACCAUCCAAUAGGCCACCACCACAACAACCACAGCAACAACAGCCUGUGUAUCCCUCUAUGCAUGAAAAAAAUAGUAAAUUGGAGGAGACUCUGAACCAGUUCAUGCAAGUGUCUAUGAACAACUUGAAGAAUACUGAGGCUUCCAUCAAGAAUUUGGAAGUACAGGUAGGUCAGCUAGCUAAACAAUUAGCUGACAUGUCUGGAGGCCCAUUUUCAGCCAACACCAAGACCAACCCCAAGGAGCAUUUCCAAGAAAUAACAACAAGAAGUGGGAAGGUAGUUGGUGGAGAUGUUGGAGUGAGUGAGAAAAAUGAGAAAAAUGAAAGGAAGGAAAAUGUUGAAUUGAGGGAGGUUAAGGAAGAGAGUGAGAAGAAUGAGGAGGAAAUAAAUAAAAAUGAGAGUAAAGAAAAAGAAAGGCAGUUCUUAAGAUUUCUGGAUAUCAUAAAGAAGCUCCAGAUAAAUAUUCCCUUCACUGAAGCCAUGGAGCAAAUGCCCACUUAUGCUAGGUUCAUGAAGGAAUUGUUAACUACGAAGAGAAAAGUCCUUGAAGAAGAGACUAUGGAGCUCGAGGCAGGAUGCAGUGCUAUUAUACAGAAGUCUCUACCUCAAAAGUCCAGAGAUCCAGGCAGUUUCACUCUCCCGGUAUCAAUUAGCAAUUUAUCAGUGGGUAAGGCACUGUUAGACCUUGGAGCCAAUAUUAAUUUAAUGCCCUUAUCCAUGCUGAAGAAGAUUGGAGAAGUGGAAGUAAGACCUAAAAGAAUGACCUUGCAGUUGGCAGACAGAUCCAUCAAGUUUCCACAUGGCAUAGUGGAAGAUAUGAUAGUAAAGGUUGAUAAGUUCAUGUUUCCCGUUGAUUUCGUAGUCAUGGACAUGGAGGAGGACGUUGAGGUUCCUUUGAUUUUGGGCAGACCCUUAUGA